CUCGUAUAUUCACGCGAUAUUUCACUGGGACGUGGGCGCGAAUUCGAUAACCAGUGGUCCGGUGCUCCCCCCAUCAGCUGUGUUGUGCAGGAGCGGCUGCCGAGAGCACGGUGGUACAGGCUCUCAAGAUGUCUAAAAGAAAAAGCAGCUCUGCCAGUGAUAAUCCCCAUAAACGGGUCAAACCCGUGGAGGAGGAGGAAGAUGAAAAUGUUAAUAUGGAGCAGGAAGAUCCUCUACUGAGUAAUCAGAUGCAAUCUGGCGGCGAGGUGGUGAGUGAUGCAGGGAUUGUGGAGAGCAUCACAUUGAAGAACUUCAUGUGCCACUCUCUCCUUGGCCCAUUCACUUUUGGUUCCAAUGUCAAUUUUAUUGUCGGCAACAAUGGAAGUGGAAAGAGUGCUGUUCUGACAGCGCUCAUAGUUUCCUUAGGCGGGAAUGCACAGGCCACAAACAGAGGAUUAUCACUCAAGGGUUUUGUGAAGGAAGGAGAAAGCUCAGCUGAUGUAUCAAUCACACUGCGUAACAAAGGAAAGGAUGCUUACAAACCUGAGGUGUAUGGUCCAGCUAUCAUUGUAGACCUGAGAAUAACACGUGAGGGGUUAAGAACCUACAAACUCAGGAGCAAAUCUGGUCUACUUGUCUCAACCAAAAAGGAAGAGCUCCUGUCCAUCCUGGACAAUUUUAAUAUCCAGGUCAACAAUCCUGUUUCAGUUCUCACUCAAGAGAUGAGCAAAUACUUCCUACACUCUAAAGGAGAGGGGGACAAGUACAAGUUUUUCAUGAAAGCUACCCAGCUGGAGCAGAUGAGAGAGGACUUUGUCUACAUCAAAACCACCAAGCACGUCACAGAAGAUAAAGCAUGUCAACACAGUGAAGAGUUGAAAGAGAAAAAGCGGAAGUACCUGGAGAAAGAGGACCGUUACAAGAACCUGGCAUCGCUUGACGAAAUGCGCACCAAGCUGGAGGAGUUACAGAAGCAGAUGGCUUGGGCUUUAGUGACUGAGAUGGAGAAGGAGUUGGAGCCGAUGAGAGAGAAGCUGCGGUCAGACAGACGUUCCACAGAGAAAUAUGAUGAAAAAGUGGAAGAGUGGAAGAAUAAGGUCGAGGGGGCCGAGAAGAAGUACAAGCAGAUCCAGGAACAGUUGGAGGGGAUCACCCAGCAGGUCCAGGAGCUCCAGCCCAAAUGUGCUGAGCUGAAGGCAGAGGCCCAGAGACGUAAUACUAUUCUCAAGUCCAGCGAGGUCACAGUCCACAGAUGCAAGGCUAACCUAAGGGACCUGGAAAAGGACAAAGUUCAACUGUCCCGAAGAAUAAAUGAUCUCAUUCAGAGCAUCAGUCAGACAUCAGGAUCGGAGAGCCAGGCCAGGAAAGAGAACAUGCAACAGAUCCAGACUGAGCUGGAAAAACUGACGCACCAGAUCUCCACUCUGGGUCAACAGAUUGACCAGUACGAGCACGCCUGCAAUCGUGCCAAAGAAGAACAAGGAAAGAUGAGGAGGGAGCAAGAAGUACUCCAGAAGUCCAUUGAAGCUAACAGUAGGAACCUGCAGACAAUGGAAAGCAGUCGAUCCAAUCGGCUGCGGCGCUUCGGAGAGCACAUGCCCCCACUCCUCAGCGCCAUCCAGGACGCUCACAGAAGGGGCCAGUUCAAGCACAGACCCCGAGGACCACUGGGUUAUCUUAUUAGCCUGAAGGACCCAGAGCAUGCUCUGGCUAUAGAAGUAUGUCUUAAAGGCCAGCUGCAUGCCUUCACUUGUGACAACCAUGAGGACGAGAAAGUGCUGUUGGGGCUCAUGACCAAAGUGUUCCCCACAGGCCGCAGACCUGUGAUCAUUACCAGCCAUUUUCUCCCUCAUGUCCAUGACACAACAAAGAGGGCUGUGAAUCACCCUGAUUACCCGUCCGUGCUUCAAGCUCUAGAAAUUGAGGACCCAAUUGUGGCCAACUGCCUGAUUGAUCAAAGGGGGAUUGAGAGCAUUCUACUUAUAAAGAAUCGCACAGAGGCUCGGAGAGUGAUGCAGGGCAGAAACCCUCCUCAGAACUGUAACCAGGCUUUCUCCAAGGAGGGAGAUCAGAUCUUUAAUAACCGCAGUUACACCGCUGAGCAGACCAGAGCUAACUACCUCUCGGGAGACAUUGAGGAGGAGAUCAGGCACUUGCAGAGAGAGAUAGAGAACCAGAAAGCUCAGGCAAAUCGCUUCCAGCAACAAAUGAGGAAGUUGGAUGACGACAUCAAACAGAACCAAGGGCUGCAGAGAAGAGCCCACAUAGAGCAGAAGACCACCAAAGAUAAAGUCACAAAGCAAAAGCUGGAGCUGAGAGACCUGGAGAACGUGGAAGAGCCUCAGUCAGAGGACCUCAAGCCCCUGGAGGAGGAUCUUCAGGAGAUUGUGAGUAAGAUCUCUUCGAAGCGUGCUGAGUACGAGGAGGCACAAGCUCAGAUGGCCAAGCUCAAGGGCUCCUAUGAGAAGGCAGAGCAGGAGUACAAUCAGCACAAAGAGCGGAUCAACACCAUCGCUGAAGAGGCCGACUCAAUCAAGGACGAUCUGAGUAAGACUGACCAGGAGGUGAUGAAGUGCAAGCAUCACAAGAAACACUACGAUGAGAAACGCAGCACCCAUCUCCGAAACAUCCAGGUCCUGGAAGGCACCUUAGAAAGCAAGGAGCAGGACCUUCAGACAUCUGUGUCCAAGGCCAAAGAGAUCUCCCCAGAGCGCCUGGAAAUACGUCGGACAGCCAGGAGCCUGGACAGUGAGAUCAGCCGUCUCAAAGUUAAGAUCACAACUCAGCAGGAACAACAAGGUGACCGCGAGGAGGUUGUGAGGCAGUACCGUGAGGCGCUGGAGAGCUACAAUAACAUGGCACAGCAAAUGAAGAACCUCAACAGCUUCAUCAAAAGCCUGGACAGUGUCAUGAACCACAGAGUCCAGGUUUAUUCUGAGUUCAGGAGGUUCCUUUCAGCCCGUUGUAAAUACUACUUUGAUAGCAUGCUGGCUCAGAGAGGAUACACUGGAAGUAUGACCUUUGACCACAAGAAUGAAACCCUCUCCGUCUCAGUGCAGCCAGGCCAAGGAAACAAGGCUGACUUGAGUGACAUGCGCUCCUUGUCAGGAGGCGAGCGCUCCUUCUCCACUGUUUGCUUUGUUCUCUCUCUUUGGGCCAUCACAGAGACGCCUUUCCGCUGCCUUGACGAGUUUGAUGUUUACAUGGACAUGGUGAACAGGAGGAUAUCCAUGGACAUGAUGCUGAAGGUGGCUGCCAGCCAGCGCCACAGACAGUUCAUUUUCCUCACCCCACAGAACAUGAGUUCUCUUCCAGUGAGUCAAUUAAUCCACAUCCUCCGUCUCAACGAUCCAGACCGCGGCAACAAAACACAAAGAAAUCAAGACGAGGAUCAGUAGUAUUACUUGCUACGAGACCACUAGCAGGUGCUGAGACUCCAUGACAGCAGGACAGGCCACAGUGGGGCGAGACAGAGCUUCCCAGCAGAGUUUCCCAUCUGUAGGGAAACAGUUAGGUGAAGAAGUGCAGCCACGUGUGGAUCUCUAGUCAUCGAAUUCAGCUGCUGUUUUAAGUUCAAACCCAAGAAUGAUUGUUCAAAGUUCAGUUUAGGAGGUAAUAAAUGUUUUGUACUAUGAUACUGAGUUUAAGCACCAGUUUUUCUAUAUAUUGUAAAAAUACCUGUUAAAUGGCUUGAAAACUGGCACGUUGAAUGAUGAUGUCAUUGCAAGCAGUGGCUGAUGUUCAUUAAACCAGUCAAGUUAACAGA